UCGGUAGAAGAAGACAACGCAAGAAGAAGAAUAUCUUCAGACAAGAAUUAAUUAGAAGACAGAGAUCUUCUAGUUACAAGAUCCAUGGAAGUCCUACCGAGUUCGGAUUCUCCCGUUAAAGAUGAUGUUGCUGCUUCUUGUCCUGAAGAUGGAUGUGGCCAUGAAACCCGAAAGGUCGGAUUCCGAAAACAAAGACACGAGAGCGGUCGACAUUCAUCUCCACCCACCUCCAAGACCAAUAACAUGACCGGAAAGAAAGAGGGUGAUUAUGAACUCGAGACCGCCAAGGCAGAGAUGAGCGAGGUGAAGGAAGAGAACGAGAGGCUGAAAAUGAUGCUCGAAAGGAUCGAAAACGACUACAAGUCUCUCAAGCUCAGAUUGUUUGACGUAAUCCGACAGGACAAAACUUCAGCCAAGCCGGUUCGAGAAUCUCUUACGGAUCAAGAUCUGUGUCCGUCCGACCAAGAACAUGAGCUCGUGUCGCUCUCCCUGGGGAGAAGAAGUUCUUCCCCAAUCUCCAAGAAAGAAGAGAAAAUAGGUUCAACCAACUCAGGAGCCAUAGAGAACGAAGAGCUGACCAAAGCCGGCUUGACUCUUGGGUUUGGCAGCGACGGUCCUAGCCCGAACACAGGGGCAUCUACCGAGAACGUAGUGAACUCGAGCCGGGAAAACAGUUUGGAAGAGAGGAAUAACAAGGAGGAAGAAGCUGGGGCGGAAACUUGGCCCCCAAGAAAAGUUGCCGGGAAGAGAAGCCCUGAUGGCGAUGCAGAUGAUAUUGGUCAGCAAAAUCAGGUUAAGAGAGCUAGGGUCUGUGUUAGAGCAAGAUGUGACACACCAACGAUGAAUGAUGGAUGCCAAUGGAGGAAAUACGGACAAAAGAUCGCAAAAGGAAAUCCAUGUCCACGAGCUUACUAUCGUUGCACAGUUGCAGCCGGUUGCCCCGUCAGAAAACAGGUUCAAAGAUGUGCAGACGACAUGUCCAUACUGAUAACAACCUACGAAGGAACACACAACCACACUCUCCCACUGUCGGCAACCGCCAUGGCCUCCACCACCUCGGCGGCCGCCUCCAUGCUCCUCUCCGGAUCCUCCGCGUCAGCUCAGACAACCGCCACCACGUCAGCUUCCGAGAUGAUCGGAACUGGCUUCAACUUCAAUAUCUACGAUAAUUCAAGAUUCGCCAAUAAGCCCUUCUAUUCCCCGGCCGCCACCGUUCUCUCUCCGUUGCACCCUACCGUCACUCUAGACCUCACUGCUCCACAGCCACCGUCUUCUUCGCUGUCUUCUUUGAGUUUCAACAGAUUCUCAAGCUCUACUUCCUCACGGAGAUUCCCCUCCACUAGCUUUAGUUUCUCUUCUUCAUCAGAUUCGGCGGCAGUCAAUCUUCCCGCCAUGUGGGGUAACGCAAAUGGGUACACGUAUUCUAGCUUAGUUCCCUACAGCAAUGUCCAAUCCGGACAACCUAAUACUCUAAACAUAGCUAAACCAGCAACACAGAAUCCACAAACACUGACCGAAACCCUAACAAAAGCACUUACUUCUGACCCAAGUUUCCAGUCCGUGAUCGCUGCGGCCAUCUCAACAAUGGUUGGGUCGGGGAACGGGGAUCAACAAAACGGGCAGAAUCUGAUACAGAAGAUGAACGCACAGAUCAACAAUUCGCCAAGCAAUCAACAAACGGCGAAUAGUAACAAAGCAGGGUGUGGAGGGUAUUUCAGCAGCUUAUUGCUGUCGAAUAUGGGGAAUCCUCAGACGGGAGGGCCGUCAGAACAGACGUCGUCGCAGUUGCCGUUUUCUAUCUUCAAGAACACUUCUUCGAGUACCACGACUAGUUUUGUGAACAAAGACGACAAGAGUUGAUUCAGACAUUUAGAUUCUAUAGUUUUUUUUUUUUUUUUUUUUUUUCGCGAGUAUCUUGCUGUGUUUAUUGGCACCGAACCGAAUGCAAACUCUUCAAAUGUAAAAUUUCGCCACAACCCCAAAAGGCAAUACAAUACUGUCUUUGGAAUGUGUGCUUAAAAUAAUCCUUCUCCGCCAUA